GAGUUCGUGAUGAAUUGCCUAUUAUUAAUAGAAAAUACAAAGCAACUAAUAGUCUGCCCAUACCAGGGAAUCAUAAUUGUGCAAACUUUGUUAAUAAAUCUAUAUUUGAUACGUCUCAGUCUAAAUAUUUUAAAGCAUUUUUACCAAAUUACAAUGCAACUUCUUAUACUGGAUAUACUCUUACGAUAAAUAUCACAGAUACAAAAUACAACAUUUCUAAUCAAAAUGAUUAUAUGGAGAUGUAUGCUUAUGACAAAGAAUAUGAUUCAAAACCAAUAAAUUAUGAUCAAAUUCAAUUUGAAGAAUCACUUUUAUUAAAAAACAUGUAUUUUUUUGGGCAACCUAGAAAUGACAUAGCUAUCUUGAGCUUAAUGGGUAUUGCUGGUGGAGCUGGUUUAAUUUCUCCGUGGGGCUUUGUACAAAAAUCAAAGUUAUUUAGGAAUCGAUAUGAAAAAAACAUUUUACCGUUGGCUGACGAAUCUGAUACUACUGAAGAUUUUAAUUCCCCAAUACAAAAACGACUUAAUAAUUUAGAGAAGAGAAUUCAAUUCUAUGAAAACUACAUUAUCGAUAAUUCAUUGUUAAAUUCUAUAAAAAAAGAGGAUCAAUCUACUAUUUCAAAUAGCAAUAGAUAG